GCAACCAACACAUCAAUAAAAUUCGUUCGUUGGAAGUCGCAGUUCAUUUCCUGUUUUAUUUCUUCCACUUACCGUUGAGCUGUGAGUAGGUAUUGUUCAUUGUCCGUGGUGCUUGUGAAAUACUUUUGUAACAAUGGCGGAUGGCUACGGUUCCGGGGGCUACUCUGGUGGGGCGGAUUAUUCUCAGCCUCCACCGGCUACUUCUUACCCAAGCUACGGUUCCCAAGGUGCUGGGGGGUAUCAAACUGGCGGAGCUCCCCAGGGAGGUAGUUCAAGUGGAGGCUCUUGGGGCCAAAAUAGAGGAAACCAAGGUGGCGGUUACGGAGGUGGAGGUGGCUACCAAUCUGGAGGUAGUGGAUAUGGUGGUGGAGGAGGUGGUGGAGGCUAUGGAAAUGGGGGAGGCUAUGGUGGUAACUCUGGUGGUUAUGGAAGUGGCGGCGGCGGUGGAUAUGGAGGUGGCCGUGAUAGGGGCAGUGGCGGUGGAAGGGAAUUAGAUCGCAGAGAUAGUUAUGGAGGCGGAGGCAGGGGUGGUGGUGGUGGUUAUAAUAAAGGAGGAGAUGGCAAUUUAGUAGUUCAAGUUGAUACAAUUUUUGUAUCUGGAAUGAAUCCUGAUCUCGAUGAAGAAGACAUUGCACAACAUUUUGGCUCAAUUGGCAUUAUCAAGAUGGACAAAAGGACACAAAAGCGUAAAGUUUGGUUGUACAAAGAUAAAGCUACAGGUGAAAGUAAAGGAGAAGCUACUGUAACUUAUGACGAUGCUGAUGCUGCGCAAUCGGCGAUUUCUUGGUUUGAUGGUAAAGAUUUUCGAGGCUCUACCGUCAAAGUUCAACUGGCGACCAAGAGAGACAACUGGAGUGGUGGCGGUGGAGGUCGCGGUGGUCCUCGCGGGGGUCGUGGAAGUGAUGGAGGCCGUGGUGGUGGCGGCGGCGGAUUUGGUGGGGGUAGAGGUAGAGAUGGCGGAGGCCGAGGAGGCGGUGGUGGUGGAGGAAGAGAUCGGGAGGGUCGAGAAGGAGACUGGAAAUGUCCCAAUCCUGAUUGUAGCAACACAAACUUUGCCUGGAGAAACCAAUGCAACAGAUGCAAUGAGGACAAACCUGAAGGAGCAGGAGGCAGCGAUGAUAGACGUGGAGGCGGUAGCCGCGGAGACCGAGAUAGUAGCAGAGAAAGACGUGGCGGUGGCGGUGGAUUCAGAGGACGUGGAGGCGGUGGCUUUGGUGGUCGUGGCGGUCGGGGAGGAGACAGAGGUGGAUUUGGUGGUGGUCGUGGUGGAAGGGGCGGUGGCGGCGGUCGAGACGGUGGUAGAGACAGUGGUGGCAGGUCCCGACCUUAUUAGGCAAACGUCCGUUUUAGUUUUUUUUUCAAUUUUUGUAUUAUUUAAAACUUGUGAAUGACUUUUAUUUUUUGUAUUUAGUUUGUAAUUACUCAAGACAGGAAUAAAAUAUAAGUUCAGAGAUGCAAAUUUUCUUCUGAAAUUUAUUAUUAGUUGAUUUCAUUAUCAAAUUUCUAUAAAUGUGUAAUAAAAUAGUGUCUUAAGUUA